UUUAGUAUUCUACUAUGUUAUUCUAAUGGGUCAUUAGCAGGUGCACCAACCACUCCUCUUCCCUCCUCUCAUUCAUGUCCCUAGGUAACCUAGUGCAACAUUAUGCAGGUGCCAAGUGCAGCAAAUAAGACACCGGUACCGCCUCCUGAUGUACUUCUCUGUACCUCAUCUAUUAUUUUUAGCUGGGAUCCAAUCCUACAUCUUCACUUAAUAUGGGAAAACUGUGCUGCAUCUCUAGAUUAGUAAACUUUCCUGUCAAGCAUGAGUUUGCGCACAUGCACGAUUAGCCUCCAACUUCAUCCCCGCCUUGAUUUCAUCUUUCAACCAAAAUUGACAUGUAUAAAACAUGCCUACACACAAAGCCGUCUCCCCAGCAACCACACAGACCCCCGCCUCAUCUUACCCCACAUAGACACCAACAGCAAUUUAGCUCAGCCCCUCUCACGGCGUGUGCCCCAAUACCAUUGACCCAUGUGGGGUUUUUAUUAAGGUGGAUGUAGGAGUUGGUCUUGCUCUCUUCUGGGUGAUGCGGAUUGGAAAGGGUUCCUCAUACUUAGACUCAACUUUUUACUCCACAUUCUGAAACUGCAAAUACAUCUAAUCCACUCCAGAGAGGAGCCAUGAAGUGGACCUGGGUGUUUGUGGCAGUUUUGCUGUCAUUUGCGGGGCUCUCACUGGGCAAAGACAGCUUGGAUUUCCCCGAAUAUGACGGCAAGGACAGAGUCCACGACCUCCACCUCAAGAACUAUAAGUCUGUGAUGAAGAAGUAUGAUGUCAUGGUGGUGUACUACCAUGACCAUCCCGCAUCCAGCCGCGUCGCCCAGAAACAGUUUGAGAUAGAGGAGUUGGCCCUUGAGCUUGCAGCACAGGUCCUUGCAGAGUUUGAUGAUGAGGACAUCGGAGUCGGGCUCAUUGAUGCGAAGCUUGACAAGGCUUUAGCUAAAAAAUUGGGACUUGAAGAGUCCGACAGCAUCUUCGUCUUCACAGAGGACGAAGUCAUCGAGUACGAUGGAGAGCUUGCAGCUGACACUCUUGUGGAGUUCAUCUUUGAUCUCCUUGAAGAUCCCGUGGAAAUUAUUGACAACAGUAGGGAACUGAAAGGCUUUGAGAACAUCGAAGAGGAGAUCAAAUUGGUGGGCUACUUUAAGAGUCACAAGUCAGAACAUUUUGAGGCUUUUGCUGAUGCUGCCGAAGAGUUCCAUCCUCACAUGAAGUUCUAUGCAACAUUCAAUGCCAAGGUUGCCAAGGCUUUGGACCUCAAGCUUAAUGAGGUGGACUUCUAUGAACCCUUCAUGGAUGAUCCAGUUGUGAUCCCGGGAAAACCUUAUACUGAGGAAGAACUGGUGAAAUUCAUCGAAGAUAAUGACAGGCCAACUCUAAGGAAGCUGCAGCCCCACAACAUGUAUGAAAUUUGGGAUGACCAUGUUGAUGGCGAACACAUCAUUGCAUUUGCUGAGGAGUCUGAUCCAGAUGGCUUUGAGUUCUUGGAGAUCCUAAAGGAAGUAGCAGAGGACAACACAGAACACCCUCACCUCAGCAUUGUCUGGAUUGACCCUGAUGACUUUCCCCUGCUUGUACCUCACUGGGAGAAGAUUUUUGGAAUUGACCUGUCGUCUCCGCAGAUCGGUGUUGUGGAAGCUGAUGAUGCUGACAGUAUCUGGAUGGACCUGGACGACGAUGAUGACAUGCCAUCUGCGGAGGAACUGGAAGACUGGAUUGAGGAUGUUCUGUCAGGAGAAAUCGAUCCUGAUAAUGAUGAUGAUGAUGACGACGAUGAUGAUGACGAUGAUGAUGAUGAUGAUGACGACGAUGAUGACGACGACGACGAUGAUGACGACGAUGACGACGACGAUGAUGAUGAUGACGAUGAUGAUGACGAUGAUGAUGACGACGACGACGACGAUGAUGAUGACGAUGAUGAUGACGACGACGAUGAUGAUGAUUAGAAACAAAUUCGGACAUUUAUCUAAAUCUGACCAAUGCAGGUUAAAGUGCUAAUAUGAACAGCAAUACAUCAUUUGUUUUCAUCUCAUCUCUUCAUCAUCUGAACUAAAUUCCAUUAUUACUCCCCAAACUAUUCCCUUCCACAAUUGUUUCAUUCAUGUAGCUUUGGUGAAAAAAACAACAAAAUCUUCAGUAUGUACUGCUAGUGCUUUUGAUAUGAUUAAUGUUGGUGUUCAACUAAGUACUGGAGGGUUGCAGUCUUGUACUGGAUCAUAUUUAACAUAUGUUCACUCGUUUUCUUGUUUUCCUCGGUGCAAAAACAUCAAGUCAAAUCCACAGGUGCUAGCAGCUUUUUACAGAUGGGUGUUUAUGUACCACCAGCCUACGCUGCCAAAUCACUGUAACUCUGGUGUUUUCUACGACAAUGAAGUAUAACAACAGCCGUAUUUUAUUUUUGUAACAAGAGAAAUUACUGUGAAGUCUUAAAUAAAUGACAGAUUUGGAUAGAAGCACCGACGGCUGUGUGUUUGUACGCUUUUGU